AUGGACAUAAACAUUGAGAGCUUAACAAACCAGAACAAGCUGCUGGUUGGGUUCCAGGCUCCACGUAAUAAAUCCUAUCCUUUCAGCGCUCUGAAAUUAGGAUCUGCCAUUCAAAUAGCCAUAGAUAAAAUCAAUUCCAAUCCAUCUUUUAUUACAAACUAUACUCUUGACUUUGUCUAUGUGGACACCGACUGUAACGCUAAGGUUUCACUCGGAGCAUUUAUUGAUCUAUUUUGGCGGGAAAACAUAUCAGCAAUGUUUGGGCCACCUUGUCCCGAGGAAGCAGAGGUCACAGGUCUUUUGGCAUCCACUUGGAACAUCCCACUGUUUGGCUUUGUUGGACAAACCUCAAAAAUGGAUAAUGGUCUAGUUUAUGACACUUAUAUCAAAGUAGUGCCUCCACUCAAGAGAGUCGGAGCAGUUUUGCUGAAAGCGUUGGAGUUCUUUGGGUGGAAGUAUGUUGGGAUCAUUGGAGGAGGGGCUGAUUCUAACACAUGGGAUAAAGUGGAUGCUCUGUGGAAAUCUGUGGAACAGCAACUCCAAGCUGAAGUAACUGUGACCGGUAGCAUUAAGUUUGAUGUAAGUGAUCUUGAACUUACUCACAGGAAUGUGAAGCGGAUUUCCAAGGUUGCAAGAGUGAUUAUAGUGUUGGGUAAUGCUGAAGACUCAACUAAGCUGGUGAUGGAAGCUGAAAAACAGGGCCUGAUGAAUGGAGAGUACAUUUUUCUCCUGGUUCAACAGUUUGAGGUCAGUGGCAAUGUGGAUAACCUGUGGAAAAUUGCUAUAGGUGAAAACAUCCAAAGAACAAUGAGGGCGUUUGAUAUGGUGUUUGUCCUCGCUGAAAAGACUUAUGAAGGAUAUGAUUAUUAUGACUUCUUUGAACGUGUCCAUGAGAGGUUGAAGGAAGCCCCUUUUCACAGCAAUCUGUCUUCAGAGAAAGAGGUAAGCCCUUAUUCUAGCUACCUGCAUGAUGCUGUUCUGCUCUAUGCUAUGGCACUAAAGGAGACUCUCAAAGAAGGAAAAGAUCCUCAUAACGGGCGAGAGGUUCUCCAGAAACUCAAAGACAAAAACAGCAUCAGGUUUUAUGGAGCAUCAGGUCUGGUUCACUUUGAUGAGUAUGGAGAUAGGAAUACAGAUUACUCUGUGUACGACCUGCAGCUACAUGAAAGCAUCAUGAAAUUUGUUCCUGUUCUAAACUUUGACAGUCAUACAAAAUUGAUCAAAACAACAUCUAAGUUUUCAACAGUCAGCUGGCCAACUGGGAAAACACCAAUGGAUAAGCCAGAGUGUGGAUUUGACAAUGAACUCUGUGAAUGGAUAAGUAGUGAGAUCUACUUGAUUGCAAUGCUGGUGACCAUGCCACUGCUUGGAGUGCUUGCAGUGGUUUUGAUCACAUUUUUGACCCUGCAGAAGACCCGCCUAAAGACCAAACUUGAUGACUCCAACUGGUGGCUCAUUGACUUCAGUGAUAUCACUAUUCUCAUGGAAGCUAAGGGAGUGCAGGCAUUGUCGAUGUCUACAACUCCUAGCAAAAGUGGAAGCGGUGGCUCUCAGACCAUAAUCUCUACUAACAGCUACGGCCUGAAGGGCAAAGGUGGAAAAGAGUCCGUCUAUGUGACAAUUGGCUUGUACCAGGGAAAUCAUGUAGGCAUCAAAUACUUGGACAAUCAACUUCUGCGUAAUGUCCAGAAACCGUCAAUCAUUGAAGAAUUCAAUGUGAUGAAGGAACUGAAACAUGAAAAUUUGGUGCAGUUUUUUGGGGUUUGUAAUGAGCCUCCUAAUGUCUGCAUUGUCAUGCAAUACUGCAAGAAGGGCAGCUUAAAGGACGUCCUUAGGAGCUCUGAAAUCGAGCUGGACUGGAUGUUUAAACUGUCUUUUGCCUAUGACAUUGUUAAUGGUAUGGAGUACUUACACCGGAGCAGUUUAAAGUCUCAUGGCAAUCUGAAGCCAACCACAUGUCUAGUGGACAGCCGACUGCAAGUCAAACUCACAGGCUUUGGCCUCUGGGAGUUUAAAUAUGGCAUAAAACACAAACUGAUUCCACUUGAGAAUCCCAAAUAUGACGAGAUGUACUGGCUUGCUCCAGAGCUCUUGAGAGAAGUGUGCCUUCCUUUAAAUGGUACUCAAAAAGGAGAUGUGUUUAGCUUUUCCAUUAUUAUGCGUGAGUUAAUUUACAGCACAGAAAAGGGCCCUUACCAUGACAUACAGCUGGAACCAAAAGAAAUCAUCAAGCAGCUGAGGACUCCUCUGACAGGGGAGCCCCUCAGACCUAGUCUGUCACCUGAGAUGUGUGAUGAAGGAUUUAUCGCUCUGCUGAUUGUAUGCUGGAGUGAAAAUCCUGACCAGAGACCCCCUUUUACCUCCAUCAAAAGAACCUUGAGGAAAAUCAGCCCUGACAACCAAGCGAGUAUCUUGGACAACAUGGUGGACAAGCUGGAGAAAUAUGCAAGUCACCUGGAGGAAGUGGUGGAGGAACGAACCAGUCAGCUCACUGUGGAAAAAACCAGGGCUGAUAAACUUCUCUCUAGUAUGCUCCCUAGAUACAUAGCAGAUCAGCUGAUGACAGGGAAAACUGUUGAGCCCAUGAGUUAUGAGCUGGUGACCAUCUUCUUCUCUGAUAUCGUGGGCUUCACCACUAUGUGUUCGAUCAGCUCUGCGCUGGAAGUGGUGACACUGCUUAAUGACCUCUACAGCCUGUUUGAUGAAAUCAUCAAGCUCUAUGAUGUGUACAAGGUGGAAACGAUUGGAGAUGCAUACAUGGUAGCAAGUGGGCUGCCUAUAAGCAAUGGCACCAGGCAUGCAGAAGAAAUCUCGAUCAUGGCUCUUCAUUUCCUCAGUGCCAUUCAAAAGUUCAGAAUCAAACACCUGCCUAAAGAGAAGCUAGCAAUUCGGAUUGGCAUCAACUCUGGUCCAGUAGUUGCUGGUGUGGUGGGGACUACAAUGCCACGCUACUGCUUGUUUGGAGAUACAGUGAACACUGCAUCCAGGAUGGAGAGCAACAGUCUGCCGCUAAGAAUUCAUAUCUCUCAGAGCACUGCGGAUAUUCUCAUAAGGAUUGGAUCUUAUCAACUCGAGGAAAGGGGAGACAUUGAGUUAAAGGGCAAAGGGCUUCAAAAGACUUUCUGGUUAAUUAGUAAAGCAGGUCUGAAGUUUCCUCAUAUGCCACAGUAUGAUGUUGGAGCAGAAUGUGAACCAGAGGUGAGGGAUAUGUUUAUCUUCUAA